CCAGUGCGCGGCCGGGCGCCGCCAGGAGAGGGCGCGGCGCGGGGCUGCGGAGCGCGGCUGGCGCCCGAGUUGUUUCCCGGAGCCCGGAGCCGCGAGACGCUCGCAGUGAGCCCAGCCAGCUCGGGCCGGGCUGGGCUAGGCGGGGCCGGGCGGGGCGGCCCACAGGGAGCUCGCCCCGGGUCACGCCGGCGCCCGCCAGCCGAGCGCGGCGGGGAGCGCGCCAUGGACCCCAAAACGGGCGGUGGCGAGGAGGAUGACUGCGUGGACUCGGGCGCCGAGACCGGAGGGUCUGACUACAGCCACAUGUCCUCCACCAGCAGUGAGCUCUCCGUGGAGGAGGCGCAGGACCCUUUCCUGGUUAGCAUCCACAUAAUCGCAGACCCAGGGGAAUCCCAGCCCCUGCAGGAGGCCAUCGACAAGGUCUUGGCCUGGAUCCACCCGGACCUGCAGCUCUUCCGGGUCUCGGAGAGGCGGGCGCCCCGGCGGCGGAGGAAGCCCCCGAAGGUGGCGCAGCCGGCGCUGGCCGUGGUGCUGUUCCUUCAGGAGGAGUACGGCGAGGAGCCCAUCCUGCAGCUGCACCGCACGCUGCAGCGGCCGCCCUGGCGCCACCACCACACGGAGCGCGUGCCGCGCAGGCUCCUGCCCUACCUGCCCUGCAGCCAGGACUUCUUCACGCUGGCCCCUGGGACGCCGCUGUGGGCCAUCCGGCCCGUGCACUACGGCAAGGAAAUCGUGCGCUUCACCAUCUACUGUCGCCACGACAACUACGCCGACAUCCUCAAGUUCUACGAGCUGAUCCUCCGGCGCAGCCCCAGCCAGAAGAAGACGGACUUCUGCAUCUUCCCCAUUUUCUCCAAUCUGGAUGUGGACAUCCAGUUCUCCCUGAAGAGACUGCCCUGUGACCAGACCCCCGUCCCCACCGACUCCUCGGUGCUGGAGUUCCGGGUCAAGGACAUCGGCGAGCUCGUGCCUCUCUUGCCCAACCCCUGCAGCCCCAUCAGUGAGGGGCGCUGGCAGACGGAGGACCUCGACGGGAACAAGAUCCUCCUGCAGGCGCAAAGGGUGCACAGGAAGUUUCCGAAACCCGGCAGAACUCAGCCCCCGUCAGAGCAGAGACCUCAUCCCGCGCCUCCGCCGAGCACCGCGGCCCCGGCCCCGGCCCCGAGCAGCACACCUGGCGGCAGCCAGCAGCCCCUGCCGGAAGGGUCACACCUGGGGCCCGGCCCCACGGGCCUGCCUCCUGGGCCCCAACGAGCCAGCGGCCCUCCCAGCCUCCCCUGGUCUUUCCAGAGAAGCAAGUCCUUGUUUUGUUUGCCCACGGGAGACCCCUCCCCGGGCUCCUCGGCCCUACCACAGUGGUUCUCAAACACAGGUGACGCGGGGCACAGGGCAUCGGAGUGGAGGCAUGGCUGCCUCCUCUCCAUCGAUGACUUGGAGGGGGCCCAGGAGACGGACGUGGACACGGGCCUCCGCCUGUCCUCCUCGGACCUCUCUGUGGUCUCUGCGUAUUCCGCACCCAGUAGGUUCUGCGGCACCGGGGAAGCAGCCCUCCCCUCUGCAAGAUGCGGCGGCCACUGGUCCAAGCCCAGGGGUUCCAGAGACGGACCACUGCCCGCUGGGGGCGGGGUGACCACAGACACCUCCUGGGCUUCCCUCCCUUUCUUCACCAAAGGGCCCGCCAGCUCCUCCGCGACAGCUGCUGCUUCUCCCACUGCUUCCGGCCCCUCCUCGCUGACAGAGUCCGCGCCAGAGCCUCCCUGUGCUGCUCCCAGCGCCGAGCAGACCGGCGGGGAUGCCCCACCGCCCCCAGCGUUGGCCGGACCUGUGGACAAUGCCAUAGAGGAAUUCUACAUCUGAACACCCUCUGCCCUUGCUUUUCAGACACACUGGCUCGGGUCCUACUGGCCCCGCUGGGGCCCGAACCCCGCCCGCGUUCUCAGCCCCGCUCCCCGGUCUGUCUGGGAUCCGGCUCAUCACACGUUGGCCGCACGGCCCAUGCUUACCUGAGAAGGGGCAGGUUUCUAGACACUCGGUGGAAAAAAACCAGCGUUUUUAUGCAAAUAAAUUCUCAAGCUUCUGUUGUAAAAAUUUUUUGAAUCCUCCGUUCUCUUUGAGAUACGGUCUAGUGCACUUAAUACAAUUUAAAUGCUUCCUAUAAUUAUUUGAAAUGAAAAGAAAACCUAGUCAGCCGGAGCUGAUUUGGCAAUUUUUCAUGCUGUGAAGGAAAAACAAAGCCAAAACGUUGAAUGUGGGAAAGAUACUAAGUGACCUGUAGGAGAGAUUAGUGCACCAUAACGUAAUGUACAGCUUACUGGAUUCUGCGUACGUAUUUGCAUUACCAGGGACCAGUGGCCCUGAGAAUUUCCAGGGAGUGCUUAAUAGUGAAAAACCUCAGCUUGAUAAAACAGUAAACAUAUAUCAGACUAUGGUAGCGUCUCACUUGGAUGCCGUGCGACAUCGGGAAAUCUGGAUUUAUGCGAAGGUAGCUAAUAUAUUUUAGAAGGAUUUAUCCUGAGUGACAGACUCUGUGAUUUGAGUUCCCAAAACCAGACUGGCAUCCACCUUUCAGUGACACCUUCACCAUAACAAGGAGAGUCUGCGGAGGACCACUCCACUACCCGGAUUUAUUUGGAUCACUGAAGAAUUGCUCAUUGGAGUAGGUAGUGUUAAGAUUCUUCAACUUUAAAACCCACAGUCCAAGGGCUACGUAUAUACGUCUCUAUAUAAAUGACAGGAGCCACAUUUUAUACCACUGUCUCCAAUAAACGUGCAUUGUCACACACCCUGAUCUUUUCGUCCUUAAAUAAUUUGUAACAUUUUUUAAGCGGCAUUUCGAUUGCACAGAUUAAUAAAUGCCCCCGUCUUCUCCAAAUGGGAAGCUUUACAGGAAAUGCCGCCCUGGACGAACACUUUCAUUGCUAGCCUCCCAUGAGUACAUAGAAGCCUUAACUGAAGCAGGAGCUCUAGCCCAACCUUAGCCUUUUCUGCCUGUUUGUUGUCUGCCUCUGUCAAGCUUGAAUGGUAGUUCAGUGUCACCUUUCUCACUCCAGUGAGGGUAUGUUUACAGUUCCAAACGCAGCAGUGCCAAGUGCUUUCACCUUUGGGAAAGAAGGGCAUGGAUUUAUUUGCCUUGCUCAUUUCCUCAUCGGGUGCUCCUCGCCUACAUGACUCGUAGCCCAGCUCUCACCUCUCUGGAAGUGCCCAGACCAGUCCAGACACCGCCUCAGAAUCCUCGUCGACACUGUCCUCCAAGCUGCCGUUAAGCCUCUGCCUUCCCUGUAACGAGAAGCUCAGAUCCUGUCCCAAACAUCCCGGAUAUUCCCGGCCUCCCAAAUCAUAAUAUGCUCCAUUUUAAGUAAAUAAAAACAUGAUCUCUUAUAAUUCUGGGCCAGGAGAGAGCAAACUUUUUUCUAGAAAGGGCUAGGUAAUGAACAUGUUAGGUUUUGCCAGCCAUUGGGUUUCUGUUGCAACUACUCA